CCUUAUUACAAUACUACUAGAGUUAAAUCACUAGAACAAGUUGUUAACUUACUUUUACAUCAUUGCCAAUCUGUCCCUCUGGAUUUCGUACAUGUACUAGCCAGUACGAAGAUGGUUCUAUCCCAAGCUGGCAGCUCUCGUCGGCUUCUCGUUCUUCCUCGCUCAAAGUCCACGAUAAAGGGUGCCAUCCUUAACCCUGGUGCGCGACGCGAUAGCCACUCACGCAAACGAUCGACAACAAUAAAGAAGCAAAGUGGAUCCAAUAACCUUGCGCGUUGCCAGAGGAUUCAACAGCCAAUAGAGCAGCCGCGGCCGACAUAGUAUCAUCUUGAAAGAGGAACGAUGGCCGAUUCCAAGACACUGUUUACGCUGCUUGAAUGCGCCGCGGGCUACGCCCUCUUCGAAGUGGUAGCCUUUGAAGAAAUAGGAAGUCUCUUGGAGGACAAUGUGGUGACAGAUCUAAAGCGUUUUGGACGGGCAGUCAAGUUGAAGGGCUUUCAACCUUUUGAAAGUGCUCACGAAGCUCUGGAAAAUGCCAACGCCAUCAGUGAGCAUGCGAUGACGGGCACAUUGCACAACUUUUUGGAACUGAAUCUGCCCAAAGUGAGCAAGAAGAAGGGCAAGACAUCGAAUUUCUCGUUGGGUUUGAUUGACCCUGGUCUGGCCACAGCUGUUUCAGAAGGACUUGGAAUAUCGUGUCGGAGCGAUGACACGAUCCGUGAGAUUUCAAGGGGAUGCCGUCUCCAUCUCGAGAGUUUCAUCAAGGGAUUGACAGGAGGGGCUGCCGAAAAAGCUCAACUAGGUUUGGGCCAUUCCUACUCGAGAUCCAAGGUCAAGUUCAACCCUCACCGAUCCGACAACAUGAUUAUCCAGUCCAUUGCUUUGCUGGAUCAACUGGACAAAGACGUCAAUACAUUCGCCAUGAGGGUGAGAGAAUGGUACAGCUGGCACUUUCCGGAACUACGAGAUCUGGUCAAAGACAACAUUAUGUAUGCCAGAGCAGCUGCAUUCAUUCAAAACAAAAAUUCUCUAUUUUCAGCUUCGUCUGACAAGGGUGAUGAUGAUGACGACGAUGAAAAGAUGGAAACUGAGAAAGAAGACAAAACGCCUGCACUGGCUGAGAUUGUGGGGGAUGAGGAAAUUGCCAAGUCCAUUGUGGCUGCAGCUCGUACCAGCAUGGGAAUGGAUUGCAGUUCCGUCGAUAUGAUCAAUAUCGUCAAUUUUACCGAGCGCAUGGUGAAGCUGGCCGAGUAUCGCCGCAAGCUGUCGCUAUACCUAACUGACAAGAUGGAAGUUGUUGCUCCCAACCUUAGUGCGCUCAUUGGGGAUACUGUUGCGGCCCGUCUCAUCAGCAAGGCUGGAUCGCUGACCAACCUAGCCAAGGCGCCUGCUUCAACAGUGCAGAUUCUAGGUGCGGAAAAGGCUCUGUUCAGGGCUCUCAAAACCAAAGGAAACACCCCCAAAUACGGUCUCAUUUACCACUCGACCUUCAUCGGCCGGGCUGAUGCCAAGAACAAGGGACGCAUAUCACGGUAUCUGGCCAAUAAGUGCUCCAUUGCCACUCGAAUUGAUUCCUUCUCGGAUGAGCCAAACCGACUGUACGGGGAGAAGCUACGUGAUCAAGUGGAGGAACGGCUGAAGUUCUAUGAAACGGGAGCUGCGCCUCGCCGUAAUGUGGAUGUCAUGGAGGAAGUAGCCCGUGAGCUAAGAGGAGGCAAAGAUAGCGAUGACGAUGAAGAAAUGAAGGAAGUCAAGAGCGACAAGAAGAAAAAGAAGAAGGGCAGCGAUGACGACGACGAUGAUGAAGCGGUCGAGACUCCCAAGUCGAAGAAAGAAAAGAAGAAGGAGAAGAAGAGUAGCAGCAAGAAGCGCAAGGCUGAAGAGACGGAAGAGGCAGACGACGACAGCGAAGAGGAGAAGAAGUCAGCCAAAAAGGCUAAAAAGGAAGAGAAGAAAAAGAAGAAGGACAAGAAGAAGAGAAAGUCGAAGGACUGAGUUGACUGCGCACCGACAAGCAUCUGUAUGCCUGUCGGCUUCAUGUUGAGUAUCUGGGCAUGCUCAUUACACUUCUGUGAGGCAGGUAGACCAUGACAGCUAAGCUUCUUCCAGGGCUUGGCGCAAAUUUGACAGGGUACACUACUGUCCCUUGUCCACUUCUUUUGAUCCCAGGGCCUCGAAUUAAAUGCCCUUGACUCUGCUUCCCAUACUUCCUCGC